CGGAACGUCAAUCAGCUUCUUCAUCACGACCGCCAUGCAGUCCUACGAGCAUGCAGGAUGGGUGUACAAGCAAGGGAGCAUGGUCAAGAGCUGGAAGAAGCGGUACAUGGUGCUAAAGAACAAGCAGCUCACGUACUUUGAGAAUGAGAAGAUCGAGGGCAACUCCAAGGCGAAGGGCAGCUUUCAGGUGAUCACAAUCGAGAUCGCGCAUGACAUCAAGAACGGGCUGCUUGUGCAUGGCACGGGUGGGCGUGUCAUGAAGCUGUACACAGAUAGCGCAGAGUCCUGCGAGGACUGGAUCAAUGCCAUCACACAAGUCACGUCUGCGCAGCCCCCGCUUGUGCCACAAGUAAGUGUCCGAGGACCUGUCAAUGGCAGCAGCUCGUUGAGUCUCCCUCCCCGCGACAGUCGCAGCAACAGCACGGUCUCGUCUUUGCGCAACAGUCUCACUGGGGACGAUGACAACGGAGUAUGCACCGGGUGGCUGGCCAAGGAAGGCGGCCGCGUGAGAAACUGGAAGCGGCGGUACUUUUCGUUGCAGGGACGGUCGCUGACGUACUUUGACAACGCCAACAUGAUCGGCGCGGCAAAAGGCAACGGCCAGGUAUGCGGGGUGCGAAUAAACAAGGACAAGCCGCUCUCCAUCGACGUCAACUUCGAGAAGGGCCGCGUGCUACGGGUGACGGCCGACAGCAAGGACGACUUUGAAAAGUGGUGGAUGGGGUUGAACGCAGCAAUCGAAGGGCGCAGCGUGUCCCGCGCCAGUCAAGUGAGCGUGUCGUCAUCGGCAGUGGUCACUGCGACCCCUCCCAACGCGUUUCGAUCACUCGAAUCGUACGAGAGCCAUGAAGACUCGACAACCAUCGCCAACAAGUACGCUACCCAAGACUCGUAUGCUUCUGCGGAUGCCGCUCGACUGUCAUACAACCAGUCAUGGUUGAGCUCCGACUCGGACGACGACAAGGACGACGGCGACUGGCUCUAGUAGGAGGCCAACCAUAUCCCACGGAAUAUAGUGGAUGAUGGUUUGCCAGAUAGUAACAUAAAUAUAUAUGCGAUUAAUGCCCAUA